UUGUCAUGUGAUCUGAGCUCAGGGCAGGGUCUGAGAAGUGCUGACUCGCUUUGAGAGGUUUCGUCCACCCAGGCAGACAGCGAGCAAGCAGCCAUGCAGGCAAAGAGAAGAGAUGGACGGCCCAGUGGAUGGAUGGAUGUCAGAAAGACAGAGAGGAGGUGUUGGAGAAAGUCAGAGACAGGCAGAGAGAGACAAAGGUGCCAAAAAGUCCUGUUGUGUUCCUGUACUUCGACAAGAAAGCAUAAUUCUUUCGUUCCCCUCUUUGUGGAUUUUUUUUUAACAGCAGCCGAGUAAAGAUGCAAGACUGCAUUUUGACUCACAUCAACCUUUCUGCAAGGCAAGGGCCCAUUAUUCACCGAACUGGGUGAGUCCACCAGACAGAGGUGCUGUGGCUAAUUACUGGCUGUGACUGCUGAUCCCUGAGGAGCAUGAGUCAUGGCCUCAGUGGUGCUGGUCGACGCUGGUGGGACGGUGGUGGAGUAUGUCGCAGCUGAAGAGGACCCCCAGCAGGAGGGAGAGUGUGAAGUGGACUUGGAGUUUGAAGGGGAGCUGGAAGGCGAGUGUGAAGCCGAGGAGGCCUAUGAAGAAGUACAGGACAGAGAGGAGGCUGAGGAUUACCCAGCAGUCAUAGUGGAGGAGGUACCCGGCGCAAGCAUGGCCGACGAGCAAGGUUACUUUGCCCAGGUGUUUGUGUGCGAUGACGAGGCCUACCUGAUGCAGGAAGUGGGUGACGAGCAGGAGGUGGAGACAGAAGGGGAGCCAGUGGAGGCUUCUGUCCAUGGCACCAGUGUCCACUGCUCCGACAAGACCUUUGAGGCAGCAGAGGCUCUGCUUCGCAUGGACUCACCGUCCAGCCUCAGAGAGGACCGUAGCCCAGAAGCUUUUAUCCCGCCUUGCAUUGUGACGCCAGACUUCCUUCACGCGGCCAUGCGUCCCGACAUGAUUACAGAGACCGAGGUGGAGAUAUCGACGGAGGAGUACUGCGAGGAGGACGAUGACGACAAUAUUGGCACCCUGAUGGAAGACCCGGAGCCAGACUACGAGCCAGUCAGGAAGAGAAGAGCUGGACGGAAGCCAAAGACGCACCAGUCGGCUAUUCCACUGGACCUGGGCAUCAAGAAGAAACCGAGAGAGGGGAAAGCAGGAAGCACCACCUACCUAUGGGAGUUCCUAUUGGACCUCCUCCAGGACAAGAACACCUGUCCCAGGUACAUCAAGUGGACCCAGAGGGAGAAGGGCAUCUUCAAACUGGUCGACUCGAAGGCUGUGUCCAAGCUGUGGGGCAAGCACAAGAACAAGCCAGACAUGAACUAUGAGACCAUGGGACGGGCACUCAGAUAUUACUACCAGCGGGGCAUCCUUGCCAAAGUAGAGGGCCAGCGGCUGGUCUACCAGUUCAAGGAGAUGCCCAAAAACAUCGUCAUCAUCGACGACGACAAGGCAGAGAUGCCCUACCCCGACGACCUAAUGGGUGCUGAGAGCGUAUCCUACGAGCGCGUGGCGCCUCCGCCGGACAUGCUGCUGCAGGAACCCGAGCUGUCAUCCUCCAAGAAGCCCAACAUCCUGCGGGGCGGGAACAGGGCCAACGCGGCCCACGCCACUGUCGCCGCGGGCAGCAGGACGGUGGCAGGAGGCGGCGUGUCAGCGGCGAUGGUGGCGGGGAUGCAAAGGAUAGUGUCUGUUUCAGGAGCUUCGGAUGGGAGUCGGGUCCAGCAGUCGCACACGGCUAUCAUCCCGACCACCACCGGGCCCAGGAAGGUGCGGGUGGCAAUGCAAAUGCCUGUCGUCAUGACAACCUCACUGGGUCCGAAAAUCUCCACUGUUGCUGUGCAGCAGCCCACGGGGACAACGGGGGCCACUGGCCACACCCCCCUCCUCACCAACUCUUCUGCCGGCAACGCCAACUCACAACAGAAGGUGGUGAUCCAGACCAUCCCCACCAUGAUCCCGGCCACAGCCGAGAACGGAGACAAGAUCACCGUCCAGCUGGCCAAGAUCAUCACAAUCCCGGCCCACCAGUUGGCUCAGUGUCAGCUCCAGACCUCCGCAGGCCCCAACAAGCCCGGCGUCGGGGGCUCCCCGCCAGGCAUCAGCCUCCUCGGGAGCCCCCUGACGGUCCGGGCCCUCGCGCCUGUCAACGUCGCCCCGGGAACGCAGGUGAUGAGACUCAGCGUGCCCACGCAACAACAGACUCUAGUGGUGUCGCAGGCCGGCAGCGGGGCGGGGGUAGUAACGGUAUCAACGGCCAACCACGCGAUGGCGUCACACCCUCGGAUCAUCAAUUCCGUUGUGGUCAACGGUUCGGAGCUCGUGAUCGGAGCGCCCGCAGCCGGGGGAGUCUCGAUGGAGAAGCUGAAGGCCGCAGGCGUCCAGCUCCAAACCGUGCAGUUGCCGAUGACAAUGUCCGUCCAGAAGAACCAGGGGAACCCCCAAACUGUUCCAAGCAUCCAAUCGGACGCCGUGGACGCCGAGGUGGUUCUCAAACUGCAAACGCCUGACGUAGAGCCCGAGUGUUGAAACGCACACAUUUCAGCGGGUUAGUUAGUACGUGACUGACGUCGUUUUUACUCUUGUAAUAAGCAGCAGUCUGUGAGACUUUUAAAGACUCCCAAAGGGCGUUUUUAGUCCUGAACCUGUCUUCACACCUUCAACGUUCCCCGAACGUUACCGAUCCACGCCGGACCAACUGGUGUGUACGGACACCAGACUGUACUGGACGCGACAUAGGAAACACACAGACCUUAAAGGGGACUUGUUGGAAAGGUAAAGGGACCAACCUUGUUCACUACAAUGAAUGGCUUCUCCAUGGAUCGCCAUCACUGACUUCCAUUGGGGAGUGGCGGGGUGGAACAGUAAAAAGAAGCUGAAACACUACAAAAGAGGCUAAUAAUUAUAACUAACCAAACUAUCAAAAAAAAUAAAUAAUGAAGCUUAUUUUAGUUUGAGACCAAAAUCUUGGCUCUACAGAUUAUGCGAAAAACCAGCAAUUUAUUCUCUUUUUUUUUUUUUUACUUAUAUCACUGUGCAGAUCAAGUGUGGCUGGUGCUAUGUGAGUUCUAAAGAAAGAAAGUGGAGCUGCGAGAAGCUCUCAGAAGGAACAAUAUCAGACAGAAAAUGGUCAUGUAUGUACAUAUUUAUAUACACAUAUAUAUAUAUAUCUGUACUUUAUACAGUUUACAGAGCUAAAGUUAACAGGACAGCCUUAGUUUUUUAAUUUUGACUUUCUGUAUUGUCUGAACAGUAAGCUGAUAUUUGCUUUUGUGUUUUGAUACCUUGUACCAAGCACAGUAUUAUUGAAACUAGUAGAACUAAUAUUUGUAAUAUUAUUAGUUCCUUUUUCACUAUCGGGUUGCUAAACGCUCAUACUGAUUGAGACGGCAACAUGAUCAGUGGCCAGGCUGCUUUGCCGUGUGUUUGUCUGAAUUUCAGACUUAUUUGACUUAAGGGUCUCGGCUGUUUCUUUGUUGACAAAUGCUUGCUCUUUUCACAACCCCAUCCAAAGAAAUGGAAAUGCAAAGAAAUUUGACUCAGAGCCGAUGCAUGCUGCCAUGUCUGGAAAAAGAAUCCAAAUGCAAUGAAAAUCCUAAGUUUAUGCAAUAUGGCUGCGAUGUAAAACCACUAUAGAUCCCAGGUCACUUUACUUAAAACAGAAAAGUCAAUUUGCCGGCAUACAUUUUCUUUGACUGCCUUUUUGGCCCUGCCCCCUACAUUUCAAUAUUUUUGUCUCAAGUGGAAAGAUGGAGAGAGAUGUUUGUGUUCAGACUGAACUGUUUGUAUAUUCAACAUUUGAAGUAUAUUCUAUUUUGUUGUACUCUUGUUUCAAAGUGUAUUAAAGUAGAUUUUACUGAAUAUAAAAAAACAUUGGAAACCUGA